AUGAAGAUCAAGUCCCUGGAGGAGAUCUGUCUGUUCUCCCUGCCCAUUAAGGAAUCAGAGAUUAUUGACAUUUUCCUGAGUGCAUUUACAAAUGAUGAGGCUCUAAAGAUCAUGCCAGUGCAGAAGCAGAUUGAGGCUAGCCAGCAGACAAGGUUCAAGAUUUUUGCCACUACUGGCACUACAAUGGUCAUAGGUUGCUGGGGUAACAAAAUAGGCAAGCCUCACCUUGUUCCAUACAAGGUAACAGGCUACUAUGGCUCUGUGUUGGUGCAUCUCAUCCCUGCCCCCAGAAGUACUGACACUGUUUCUGCUUCUGUGUCCAAGAAGAUACUGAUAAUGGCUGGUAUGGGUGACUGCUACACAUUAGCCAAGGACUGCACUGCCAGCUUGGGCAACUUUGCUAAGGCCACCUUUAAUGCCUUCUCCAAGACCUACAGCUACCUUACCCCCAACCUUUGGAAAGAUACUACAUUCCCCAAGUCUCCUUAA